ACGCGUAACGUCAGAGAAUUAACGGACUCGUUUCAUCUCGCGGAUCUUUAAUACCGAACGCUUUUGCCGCCGGGAAUCGGUUUAGUGAACAGAACUACUUCUGUGUGUGGAUUUAUUUUCGCUUUAUGUAUUUAGAGCUUCCCGUGCGCCGCUCUACUAUGGUCGUUAUGGAGGUUCCGAACAUCGAGUGUGUUGCCCUCCGGGCGCUGCUGGACCGAACCGAGUCCGGCUGUCUGGUGCUGGACUGCCGCUCGUUUUUCUCCUUCAGUUCGUCUCACAUCUCCGGUUCUUCUAACGUGCGCUUCAGUGCCAUAGUGCGCCGCCGCGCUCGGGGAGGACUCGGGCUGGAGCACAUUGUUCCCAACGAGGAGACGCGGAACCGGCUGGUGUCGGGGAAGUACCGGACCGUGGUGCUGCUGGAUGACCGAAGUUCAGACCUCUGCCAGGUUAAAAAAGACGCGACACUGAUGCUGGCUGUGACCGCGCUCAGUCGGAACAACCCAUCCGGAGUCAGCGUGUGUUUCCUCAAAGGUGGAUUCGACACCUUUUCAUCCGAGUUCCCCGAAAUGUGUACGAAAGCCGAGCCUCCGCAAGGACUGAGUCUGCCCCUGAGUGCAAACUGCCCCCCUGACAGUGCUGGAUCAGGCUACAACAGCUGCAAUACCCCUCUGUACGAUCAGGGUGGCCCGGUGGAAAUCCUUCCGUUUUUAUACCUCGGCAGUGCUUAUCAUGCGUCCCGGAAGGACAUGCUGGACAUGUUGGGCAUCACGGCUCUGAUAAACGUUUCCGCCAACUGUCCGAACCAUUUUGAGGACCAUUACCAGUACAAAAGCAUUCCAGUCGAGGACAACCACAAGGCCGAUAUCAGCUCGUGGUUCAACGAGGCUAUCGAAUUUAUCGAUUCGGUGAGGAACAAAGGCGGCCGUGUUUUCGUCCACUGCCAGGCGGGCAUCUCUCGUUCGGCCACCAUCUGCCUGGCCUACCUGAUGCGCACCAACCGCGUCAAGCUGGCCGAGGCCUUCGAGUUCGUCAAGCAGCGCCGCAGCAUCAUCUCGCCCAACUUCAGCUUCAUGGGUCAGCUGCUGCAGUUCGAGUCGCAGGUGCUCGCCUCUUCCACGUGCUCGUCCGAGGCGGCGAGUCCGGUCCUGGGCAAGAGCGGCACCGUCUUCAACUUCCCGGUGUCCAUUCCCGUCCGCGCCACCGCCAGCCCUCUGUCGUUCCUGUCGCAUCACAGUCCCAUCACGCCCUCGCCUACGUGCUGACGGAAAACGAGGUCUUAUACUUACAUGCGUGGACUGUUAAGAUUUCAAUCUGUUUUACACAGCAGUGUUUGGAUCAGGAGUAGCUUGCUGGUCCAUUUUUACUCCUCCAGACCUGAAACAUUUCCCUUGACUGAACCGAAGGGGUCGAGCAUCCGUUACAGUCGUGUGAUGUUUGUGUUGCCUGAACGAGGCUCCUCUCCGUCUGUCUCUGUGUUUCUCGACUCCGUAUCCGUUAAGUGUUAGAUGUCUCUCAGGAAGUGCUAUGUUUGUGUUCACACUUUGUUGUUUGUCAUCAAGUUCCUAGACUUGAAGGUGCUAAUCUGAUCGAAUGCCUCCCCUCUUGACUUUCCUUUCUUGAACAAGGAAUGUAUUGAUCAUCUCCGGCUUUGCCUUAAGACAAUGAAAGCUGAGCGCACGGCUCGUUCCGGCCCCUGUGCCUUUCAGAACUUCAUUCAACCUACCAGCUUUGUUUCUUUGUAGACAAACACGAAAUACCUCACGUGUAUGACGAUGCCCUGCUGAGCCGCACCAUAGUGGGCGUGACUCUCGGGCGGCUGUUUUUAUUUAUUUAUUAAAUUAAUAUAUUUCUAUGGUAUAUUUUUUACACUUGUGGUGUUUUGACACUCAUGAAUAAACCGUUUUGUUACACUUCUAAAUAA